CGGCCGAUUUUGCAACCUCUCACACGCCAUGAACGAAAGUUUCAGCAACUAGCGGUUAUGGAGAAAAACAGUGGAAGAAAAUGGGGUUGGGAUCUUCAUGGUUGUUUCUUUAGUUUCUACAGUUCCCUUUGCUCAAUAUCAUCAAAAGGUGAAUUUGUCGUGGCUUUCCAGUAAGGAUAGAAGCAGUGCCAUCAAUCUAAAUUCAAUUUUGUCCCCAGGGGAACAUCCUUUCCAGGUAAAAUUCACUUUUACCCUGAUAAAAUAAUUUUUAGGUAUGAUGUUAUGAACUGAAAUGCACUUCACAUCAGUCCUGCCAAUUGGAAAUAUGCUACAGAGCAGAAUUUGUGAAGAAGCUUCCAGAUAAAGUUAUUGCUCAACGUGAACAUUCCGGUCAUAUUAGCUACUGGUUUCAUUGUCAACAUUCUGAUGGAAUAUAAGCAGUAUCAUCGUUCAUGUUAAUGGAUCAGUAACUUUCUUUCUUUGGCUGAUGAUCUUUUUGUAAGUGAUGGCACGGCUAACCAUGUACUUUCUCAUUUUGAUUGUUAUUAAGAUGAAUUCUCUAUCUCUCUCUUUCUUGUAAUUAUGAUCUAAAUCAUUUUACUCAGUAGGCUAGCUGAAGCGGUAUUUUGGUAAUAAUGAUAUUAUCCCCUUUUUUUUUUCAAAAGAAUAUACAAGCAUCUUAAUUUCUCAUAUUUUCCAGACUGUUCAGUUGUUAUUUCACAGGAACAUUAACUUUUUGUUUUUUUGAACUUUGAUGGUAGGCGCAAAGCCUGAGUUGGGAAUCGAACCUAAAACUUGGUGCCACAAAGGGUGCAUCUUGUGCCACUGGACUCAAUGAUCUUUGGCAUAGGAAUAUUAACUUUGAAAUGUCUUAUUCCAUUUCUGAAUCUUUGGCUUUCAAUAAUUUAUAUUAAGAUAUGGUCUGUUGUUAGACAUUGGCUUGAGGUGCGAAAAUUCUCCCUUGUGGCACAUUCAUUUGGAGGUUUGGUGGCAUGAUAUGCUAUUGGGAGGUUUUUAUGACUACUCUUCAACAUCAAGGCCUUUAGGUACAAGUGCAACCAAAAAUGACUUUGGUAAAGAGUAGAUAGAAUAUUCAGAGCAAUGCCUUGAACAGUGUUACAAAGCCACAAUUGCUCGUUUGGAGCCAGUGAACUAUACCAUUUGCAACAGCACAUCUUGAUUCAAGAGGACAUGGUCAAUUUCUUAAGCUUGCUUUGCACUGUCAUUUCAAGAUUGAGUAUAAUUAUUAAGUCUCUUUUUUCUGUUCUGUGGGGAUAUUUUUGGUUUGUCUCCUCUUUUUUCUCUCUCUUUUCUGCCAACAUUGUGCUCAAAUUGACAGUGCUUUGGGGCUUGUCCGUCCAUCCACUUCAUUCUCCACUCAAACUUUCAUUUGUAUCUGUGGUAUUUGGAAGGCAACUUGGUAGUGCAACCUCAGAUUGGUCCAAUUCUGAUUCUAUCGCUGCCUGACCUAAUGGUUGAGCGUGACUGCUAAGAAUGAUCCGUUGCUGCUCCACUUUCAGAAAACCUUUCAAUGCAGAUUAUGGCCUUCUUUCAAUUUUAGAUGUUUGCAGUUCAGUCCAACAAAUCAAGCAAACACAUGCUCAACUUAUCACUACCGGCCUAAUUUUUCAUCCCAUUCCAGCCAAUAAGCUCCUCAAACUUCUUGGCUUUUCUAGCUUCGGUUCUUUGCAUUAUGCCCAUCAAGUAUUUGAACAAAUUCCCCAUCCAGACCUAUUCGUUUACAACACCAUAAUAAAAGCUCAUGCACUCUCACCCACUUCAUCUUAUAAUUCUUUCAUGGUAUUCAAGUUAAUGACCCAGAGUUCAAGUCUUUUGCCUAAUCAGUAUACUUUUGUGUUUAUUUUCAAUGCGUGUGGAAACGGGUUGGGGAUCCUUCAGGGAAAGCAGGUUCAAGUUCAUGCCAUAAAACUUGGUUUUGAGAACAAUUUAUUUGUUACUAAUGCCUUAAUUGGGAUGUAUGGAAAGUGGGGUUUAGUAGAGGAGGGCAGAAAGGUUUUUGAUUGGGCUGUGGCUAGGGAUAUGUAUUCCUGGAACACCAUGAUGGCUGUGUACACUGGAUCAGGCAAAAUGGGUCAAGCCAAAGAAUUAUUCAGCAAAAUGCCAGAGCAAGAUGUUGUAUCAUGGAGUACUAUCAUAGCUGGUUAUGUGCAGGGUGGUUUUUUCAUGGAGGGAUUGGAUUUCUUCCACAAGAUGUUGCAAGCUGGUGCCAAACCAAAUCAAUUCACUUUGGUAAGUGCUCUUGCAGCCUGUUCAAAUUUAGUAGCCUUGGAUCAGGGAAAGUGGAUUCAUGUUUAUAUUGACAAAGGUGAGAUUAAGUUGAAUGAAAGACUACAUGCUGGCCUUAUUGACAUGUAUGCAAAAUGUGGAGAGAUAGAAUUUGCAUUAAGAGUUUUCCAUGAACACAAAGUUAAGAGAAAAGUUUGGCCUUGGAAUGCAAUCAUUGGUGGGCUUGCAAUGCAUGGAAAGCCGAACGAGGCUAUCAAAGUUUUUGAACAAAUGAAGAUGGAAAAAGUUAUCCCUAAUAAGGUCACAUUUGUUUCUCUAUUAAAUGCUUGCAGCCAUGGCUAUAUGGUUGAGGAGGGAAAUUUCUAUUUCAGAUCGAUGAAGUGUGAUUAUGGGAUAAAGCCAGAAAUAGAGCAUUAUUGUUGUAUGGUAGAUCUACUGGGUAGGGCUGGCCUAUUGAAGGAGGCUGAAGACAUGAUUUCAAGUAUGCCUAUGACUCCAGAUGUGGCAAUUUGGGGUGCGCUACUCAAUGCUUGUAGAAUCCAUAAAGAUGUGAUGCGGGGACACAGGAUAGGCAAAACAAUUAAGGAAUUGGUUCCUGACAAUAUUGGUUGUAACAUUCUACUGGCCAAUAUCUAUUCUAUGUCUGGAAGAUGGACUGAAGCAAAAAUGUUGAGAGAGAAUGGAGUCAAUUGGGGAAGAAAGAAAACUCCUGGAUGCAGCUCAAUUGAGCUGAAAGGCAUAUUCUAUCAAUUUCUUGUUGGAGAUAGAUCCCACUCUCAAACUAAAGAGCUAUAUUCAUUUUUGGAUGAGAUGACUUCCAAGUUGAGGAAUGCUGGUUAUGUUCCAGAAUUUGGUGAACUUUUGCUUGAUAUUGAUGAUGAGGAAGAUAAAGAGACAGCUUUGUCCAUACACAGUGAGAAGUUGGCUAUAGCUUUUGGGUUGAUGAACACAGAACCUGGAACACCCCUUCGCAUUGUGAAGAAUUUAAGAGUUUGUUGGGAUUGCCAUCAAGCAACAAAGUUCAUUUCUAUGGUUUAUGACCGAGUAAUUAUAGUCAGAGACCGGAUUAGGUAUCAUCACUUCAAAGAUGGAAUCUGUUCUUGUAAUGAUUAUUGGUAGAUGCAAACAGUGCUAGUUUGUUUAUAUGAUUCAUCAUAUUGGUGCACUAUUAGUGUAUUGCUCAGACUACCUUGAUUUGCCGUCAGCUUCAUUGUCAACAAUUGCUAUGUCUGAAUUUUUCACUUUGUUAUAGAUGUGCUUUCGGGAACUUGAGAGAAAA